AUGACGGUCUUCCAGGUGACGCUUCAGCCGUUCGGGAUCUUGAACUCCCUGCGGGGCCGUUUCAUGAUCCCGUGCGUCGUCACGACCAUCCUUCGAAUUGGAUUAUUUUCCCCCAAAAACACGUUCAUCUACAAGAUGCUCGGUAGGACGCAUCGUAAUGUUCCCGUUUCCGUUCCUGUGACAAAUCUCGACAUGUGUUGGCUGUUGAAUCUCCUGCCCCCAGAUUGGUGCACUGUCUUGCUGGCAGCAGGUACGAUGAUGUUCAGCAUCUUGUACUUCGUUGCACUCGAGACUGAGACGUACGGGAAACUUCGUUCGGUCUUUGACUCGCGUCCUUGGAGGAACAGGGAUAACGUAUACCUUCCCGCAAGCUCGGUGUCGCCCGCCUCAGGAGCAGCAAACCUUUGCCCCUUCUCCAAUAAGAUGGCAAGGGGAACCUGUCCCAUCUGCUGUUCGUGCACAUCAAGAGACGGCUAUCACCAUGGCGAUCCUAAAAGAAUACACGAUGUCAUCGGAAUCGCGAUGAUCGAGUACGACAUGGCUCGCAAAGCUGCGGAGGGUAGAGAAGGUCCACUCAUUGCCCGAGUCCAAUUGGAUACCCUCGUGAGCUACCGAGGGAACUACCUCUUUGGAACAAUCAGUCCAUCUUGCAAGGGAUGUUUCAUUAAGACGUGGUGCUGGAACGUCGCGUAUCGCAUGACUUGGCAAUCCGCGAUUCUGGCAUUCAACUCCAUGCUCUGCACCUUCAUAUUCUAUGCAGACAUCACCAUAUUCUACGCCGACCUCAAAAACAUGCUUCUCUGCAUCUCGGCUUUUUUCUCUGUUUCGACCCUGUGCAUGCAAUUCACAAUUCUAGCAACUGCUGUCGUGUUCAUCAUGGAACACCCAUUCAUGGAUGAUGAUUCACUGCCAAAAUGGUUGAUGGUACACAAAAAGCUUGUGAUGAAGUGGAUUCACUACUUUGCACUGCCGUCGGCAAAAUUUGGCAUCCCCGCCACCAGGAAAUAUUGGAGUUGGUUGACAAAGGCUGACGCUAAGCAGAAGUGA